UAAUUUAAAAAAUCCAUUCAAUAUUCACCCGUUACACUCACCAGAUAACGACUUCUUCGAACAAAACCAAAAACUUAUCACGGAAGUGGAUAUAGUUUAAGUUUGAGUGAAAAUAUCUGACGAUGAAUGGAAACAGUGAUAUACAAAAGACAAUUGAACAUUUUAUUGACGCAGUGAAAGGACGUGCGCCUCCUGACAGAUUGCGUCACUAUUUAGGAGAAUCUAAACCUCGACACAUCGUCGAUUGGACUGAUGACAAUGGCCUGGACCUUUUACAUCAUUGUAUUAUUCUAAACAGCUCGGAAUCAGUGGAGUUUCUUUUGUCACAUCGAUAUUUUAAUGAAUCGCAUCAACCAAAAUACAAUCCGUAUCUACACCUGGCCGCAAAACUAGGGUUAAGGACUAUUCUUGGUGUAAUCCUGACUCAUCGUCAGAACGAUAAUCGACCGAUGACAAAUCUUAUCUAUCCCGAUGUGAUGAACAGAAAUGACAAAAAUCUGUGUAUAAAGUUAGAAAAUCAAUCAAAGGUUUCACCUUUAGAUGUUGCCGCAUUGAACAAGCAUAUGGACUGUGUUCAUCAAAUUUUAAAUAUUUGCGUUUUAAAGAAAAAUCCAGAACACAAUAACAGCGGAUAUAUUGCAUUGGCGACUUUGGAUGGAUCUGCAAAAGCAUUGCAAUAUUUGCUCGAACAUAAAUACCAAAGUGAUGAUGUGAGAGAAGCCAUUGAAAUAGCAGUAAGAUGUGCCAGAGCUUCCUGUCUUGAUCUUCUUCUUGAAACGAAAGUGAAGACACGUGACCUGUUUGAAGGCAAAAACCCAUUUCAUAUGCUUUAUACAUUCAGUUCAGGAAAGGAAUUCGGCCGGGGCGGCUAUGCUAGCUUACCUGCCGUGACAACCGUCCUCGUGAAACACAAAUUUGACGUCUGCGUCAAAGAUCCAACAAAUACGUAUCCGUUGUAUAGUUUGUUAUCUAAUUCUCUGUGUAUGCACGACUCUAUCAAUACGCAAUACUAUAUUGAAUGUGUGCGCAUUUUACUGGAAGCGGGCGCAAACGCGAACUUUGAUGAAUGUAAAUAUGAACAAACAAUGAAUUCUAAAGGAAAAAAAUCUCUUGUCGGGAGACGAUCUUUUUUAUCAGCAAUGCACUGCCUUUUGGAAACAGUAGAGACGUACUCAGAGUUUUUGGAAUCGGCGUCAUUGGCUGUCAAAUUUGUUCUAGAAUGUGGGGAAGCAUUGCUUUCACAUGCUGCUAAAACUAACAAAAACGCACGUUCAUCCAAACAUAGGAAUAGUGUUUUAGGACCGAUUCUUCACCAGUAUGCGAAAACAAGCGUCGCUAUAGGAGUCGAUGAAACGGUUUUCCGGUUCCUACUGCGCUAUGGAGCUGACGCUAAUUAUAAAUCAAAUGACAAAUAUAUAAUUAAUACAUAUUUAGACGGUCUUCUAGACAAACUUGGCCAGAUAGCCCCAUACAUUAGACAACCCGAUCACGCCAAUGACGUUGAAAUAAUGCUUAAAAUGUGCAAAUACAUGUCGAGAAAAUCUAUAAAAGAUGCCCUUCGACUAUUCAAAAACAGACAUUACAGGCCAAUAGAACAGACCGCAAAGUAUAUCACUAUGGCACAGAAAGAAUUAGAACGGCAAAGUAACACAAUUCAACCAUUGAAACAUCUAGCCGCAAAAUCGGUCUGGGAAAUAUGUGACAGAAAUGCUAGUUCCGUCCAUAAGCUAACAGUUAGCUCAGAACUCAAAACAUGUAUUCUUCCUAUCGUGAACUGGUAGUUUUAAUUUAUUCAUCCCCUUAAGGAAACAUUAUGAAGUCUUAAUAUCCUUUAACAAUCAUAUUCCCUUUAACAUUAUUCACAAAAUCAAAAAGUUCAGAGUUUGAUAUGCAUUUGUAAUUUAGACACGUUUGAAAAAGUAAGGCAAGUAUUUUUCACAUUAUCGUAAAAAGUCAGAGGGUAUAGAUCUAUAUGUUUGACUGCAUUAAAUUAUUGUAUACAUAUAAAUUUCAUGCAAAUGGCUCGUGUGUGAAAUAAGUUGAGGAAAUAUCAUAUGAUCAUUCUUCUAUGACUUUCAAUUGGUUUUGUUUAAAUGAUUUUGAGAAAUGAUUAUUGUAAGAAAAGUCUAACUAUUGAUUUUUUGUUUUGUUUCAUCGUAUAAUAUUUUUACUGUGCCAAAUAUACACAUCCGUCCAAAUUUGUUUCUAUUAAAAUCUACAGAUCUUUUAAAAUUACAUAUACGGAAACUCAUAUAGAUUCAUUGACACUUGUGAGCAAAAUUAAUUAGUAUAUUCAACCAGUUAUAUUAGCUUUAUUAUACAAU